CAGUCCGCUGAUUUCAGUGUUUUGAUGACUUCAUCCCCAUCCUACUCACUCGCUCCAGCCGAAGUCUGAGAGCCUCGCCUCCGGCAAGCUGGUCAGAGGAGUAAACAGUGCCUGCGGCUGUGACGAGGAACUGCAGUAUGGAAAUCUUUGGUGGGAUGUCGGCGAGGAUUCACCGUGAGCGGCUGCAUGCGGAGGGCGUGGGCUCUAACGAGCGAGCACUGCGUUUCCUCAACCAGGAUUACGAGGCUUUGAAGCAGGAGAGCCUGGAGAGCGGACAGCUGUUUGAGGACCCCUGCUUCCCCGCCCAGCCGCCGUCACUGGGCUUCAAAGAGCUCGCCCCUCACUCCUCCAAAACCCGUGGCGUGACGUGGAAGAGGCCCACGGAGCUCACAGAGGGUCCUCAGUUCAUAGUUGGUGGAGCCACACGGACAGACAUCUGCCAGGGAGCUCUGGGUGACUGCUGGUUGUUGGCUGCUAUAGCAUCUCUCACUCUGAAUGAGAAGCUCCUCCACAGAGUGGUGCCUCACGGUCAGAGCUUUACAGACGACUAUGCCGGCAUCUUCCACUUCCAGUUCUGGCAGUUUGGCGAGUGGGUGGACGUGGUCAUUGACGACAGGCUGCCAGUGAAGGACGGGGAGCUGAUGUUUGUGCACUCGGCCGAGGGGAGCGAGUUCUGGAGCGCCCUGCUGGAGAAGGCCUACGCUAAACUUAAUGGAUCAUACGAGGCCCUGUCUGGAGGCUCCACCACUGAGGGCUUUGAAGACUUCACGGGUGGAGUGGCCGAGAUGUAUGAGCUGCGCAAGGCUCCCAGGGACCUGCAUCGCAUCAUCGCCAAAGCUCUGGAGAGAGGCUCGCUGUUGGGCUGCUCCAUCGAUAUUACUAGUGCCUUUGACAUGGAAGCGAUCACUUUCAAGAAGUUGGUGAAAGGCCACGCCUACUCCGUUACAGGUCUCACGGAGGUGAAUUUCCGUGGUAAUAGAGAAAGACUGAUCCGUGUCCGGAACCCUUGGGGGCAGAUCGAAUGGACAGGAGCCUGGAGUGACAAUUCUUCUGAAUGGAAUGCAAUUGAUCCUGCUGAAAAAGAGGAGAUGAACUCCAAAAUGGAGGAUGGAGAGUUCUGGAUGUCAUUUCAGGAGUUUAAGCGUCAGUUCUCACGGCUGGAAAUCUGUAAUCUGACGCCUGAUGCUCUGAGUGAUGACAGCCUGAGUUACUGGAACACCAUCAAAUUUGAGGGUGGCUGGAGGAGAGGGAGCACGGCAGGAGGCUGCAGGAACCACGCCAACACGUUCUGGAUAAACCCGCAGUAUAAGAUCACCCUGCUGGAGGAGGAUGACGAUCCAGAAGAUGAUGAAAAAGCCUGCAGCUUCCUGGUGGCUCUGAUGCAGAAGGACCGCCGACGCUACCGCAAGCAGGGCCAGGACAUGCACACCAUUGGCUUCGCUAUCUAUGAGGUCCCAGAGGAGUUCCAAGGUUGCCAGAGUGUGCACCUGAAGAAGGACUUUUUCCUUCGCCACUCUUCCUGUGCCCGUUCCGAGACCUUCAUCAACCUGCGGGAGGUGAGCUCACGACUCCGCCUGCCUCCGGGAGAGUAUCUGGUUGUCCCUUCCACCUUCGAGCCUGGGAAAGAAGCUGAUUUCGUCCUCAGAGUCUUCACCGAGAAGCAGUCCGAGACACAAGAGAUGGAUGAUGACGUGUCAUUCAUCCUGGACGAAGAGGGAGAAAUUACAGAGCAAGACAUCGAUGCCUCAUUCAGAACCAUGUUUGCUCAGCUGUCAGGAGAGGAUAUGGAGAUAUCAGUCCAUGAGUUGAGGACCAUCCUGAACAGAGUCGUGGGCAAACACAGAGACUUAAAGACAGACGGUUUCAGUUUGGAGGCGUGCAGGUGUAUGGUGGCCCUCAUGGAUAAAGACGGAAGUGCUCGUCUGGGCUUGGUGGAGUUCCAGAUUCUGUGGAAUAAGAUCCGGAAGUGGCUGGGAAUUUUUCGGCAGUUUGAUCUGGACAAGUCAGGCAACAUGAGCUCCUAUGAGAUGCGUCUGGCCUUGGAAUCAGCUGGUUUUAAGCUCAACAACAAGCUGAACCAGGUGCUGGUGGCACGAUACGCUGACAAAGAGAUGAUCGACUUUGAUAACUUCAUCUGCUGCCUGGUCAAGCUGGAGGCCAUGUUCAGAACCUUCCAGCAACUGGACAGAGAUGGAACUGGAGUGGCUGAGCUUAACCUCUCAGAAUGGCUGUACCUGACCAUGUGCGGUUGAGAGUCGGAUCAGCGGGGAGUCCACCCUUCAUCCCGAAGAUCGGACGGCUGAGCAGCUGCAGCACUACAGUAGCUCCUCAAAGCUUUCGUUUUGUUUAUCAUUCCAAUCCAAAGAUGCUUGUUCGACCCAGCACGGACUGCCUUAUCCACUUUAACGAUAUGUAAAGCCACCUCAGACACCUUAGUAUGUUUUUGCUUCAUGCGUGAAAGAAUAUCCUAUCUAUGCAAGAUGAUCUUAGAUACUUAAAACCAUGCAAUAUGAUCACAGUGAGUCAACUCUUUGGCUGAAUAUACAACUGCAUAAACAUUGCUGCAUGACACUAAGAGUAAAUAAUCCAGCACUGUGCCACUAGCCUUAUUUUAAAGGGGUAUUCUCAUCUCAGAGACUGACGUUACUACAUUCCCUCAUAUCUGGAGUGGACUGGAUCUGAUAGGUGCGACUGACCUGUCAUCUGAAAGAAGCAUACACUACAUAGGCCUUGUUUAGUUUAGGCUGUAAAUCUGUUGAGGAUGUUCUCUACAAAAACUAACAAGGAAAAGGUUAUGAAUGCCAAGAUUUAGUUGAUGUCAUGAUGUAGAAAUCUGACCUCCCUGCUUGUCCAUAACUUAAAAAGGAAUUCCACCAUUUUUAAAGUUUCUGCAUAAUUCAUUUGUGGAAAAAAGAAAAAACAAAGUCAUUCAUAUAUAGGUGCACUUU